AUGCAUUAUAUUAAAAAAAAUUAUUUUGUAGGGUUCAUCAGGAAAGUAUAUGCCAUCGUGACCUUGCAACUGAUGGUCACCAUGGUCUUCGUCGUUCUAUUCACCUUCGUGCCACCAAUUAGAUACUUUGCAAACGAGCAUUCAUGGAUAAUGAUCAUAGCAGCAGUAACGUCUUUCGUCUUUAUGUUCGCGUUGACCUGUUUCGAGUCGUUGAGAAGAACUUAUCCGUGGAACGUCGUUCUCUUGACAUUUUUCGUAAGUGCAAGCUGUAUGGCUGGGUGUUCUAUUACUUUUCAUUCAGGGGAUACUGUAGCUUUAGCCAUUGGAAUCACAACGCUGGUUGUCUUCGCACUUACUCUCUUCGCCUUCCAAACCAAAAUAGAUUUCACGGUAUGCAACGGAGUUUUAUUCGUGGCCAUCAUAAUCCUCAUGGUGUUUGGAAUUAUGUGCAUAUUCAUCAUGAACAGGGUACGCCAUAUUAUACUUCACUUGGUUUACGCUAGUCUGGGAGCAUUUCUGUUCUGUCUGUACAUAGUUAUGGACACACAGAUGAUAAUAGGUGGCAGCCACAAAUACGCCAUCAGCCCUGAGGAGUACGUAUUCGCCGCCCUAACGCUCUACAUGGAUAUCAUCAACCUAUUCAUGUACAUCCUCAUGAUAGCCAGGCUGUCCAAGUAA